AUGUUCAGUUGGCUAAAAAGAGAAACGAAAACAGAGGAGGUGGUAGACAAUGUGUUGGGAGAGCUGAAAAAGAUUUACCGCAGUAAGUUGUUGCCGCUGGAGGAGCAUUACAAUUUCCAUGACUUCCACUCGCCGAAGCUGGAGGAUUCGGAUUUCGAUGCGAAACCGAUGAUCCUGUUGGUUGGCCAGUACUCCACUGGUAAAACCACUUUCAUCCGGUAUUUAUUGGAACGCGAUUUUCCUGGCAUUCGGAUCGGACCGGAACCGACGACGGAUCGCUUUAUUGCCGUCAUGUAUGACGACAAGGAGGGUAUGAUACCGGGUAAUGCGCUUGUAGUCGAUCCGAAAAAACAGUUCCGUCCGCUGGAAAAGUAUGGCAACGCUUUCCUUAACCGUUUCCAGUGUUCCCACGUACCAUCUCCGGUACUGCGGGCGAUAUCGAUCGUCGACACGCCCGGUAUUUUGUCCGGUGAGAAACAACGUGUAGAUAGAGGCUACGAUUUCACGGGAGUUUUGGAAUGGUUUGCAGAGCGUGUGGAUCGUAUUAUAUUGUUGUUUGAUGCACACAAGCUGGACAUUUCGGACGAAUUUCGACGAUCGAUCGAAGCACUGCGAGGACACGACGACAAAAUUCGGAUAGUGCUGAACAAGGCUGACAUGAUCGAUCAUCAACAGCUGAUGCGUGUAUACGGUGCUUUGAUGUGGUCGCUCGGCAAAGUACUGCAGACACCGGAGGUGGCCAGGGUGUAUAUCGGUUCUUUCUGGGAUCAACCGCUGCGGUACGACGUAAAUCGGAGGCUGUUCGAAGAUGAAGAGCAAGAUCUUUUCCGUGAUUUGCAAUCCCUACCCCGCAAUGCGGCACUGCGCAAACUGAACGAUCUCAUCAAGCGUGCUCGCCUAGCCAAGGUCCAUGCGCACCUCGUCUCGGAGCUUCGAAAAGAAAUGCCACCAAUUUUCGGCAAGGAUAGCAAGAAAAAGGAGCUGAUUAAAAAUCUUGGCACUAUCUACGAUCGCGUUUGUCGCGAGCACCAGGUGUCGAUCGGAGAUUUGCCGGACAUUAAGAAAAUGCAAGAAGUCCUCGCCAAUCAGGACUUUACCAAGUUCCAUUCGAUCAAAAUGCCGUUAAUUGAAGUGGUGGACCGCAUGCUGUCCGUGGAUAUUGCGCGAUUAAUGAGCAUGAUUCCUCAGGAAGAGAUGCAGUUGGUUUCGGAGCCGCUUGUCAAAGGACAAAGCAAUGGGUCGACGAUGGAAACAAACUUUUUGGACCAUCUUCUGCUGAAAGGAGGCGCCUUCGACGGGGUAGAGGACGUGGUUUCACCGUUUGGGUACCGGAAGGGCGAAGGAAUCGAUGCCGGGUAUGGUGAGGUGGAUUGGAUAUGCAAUCGUGAUCGUGCCCGAACGGAUCCCAUCUUCGAGUCACUUCAACCGACUGAUGGAAAGAUUUCCGGUGCCGCGGCCAAGUCGGAGCUGAUCAAAUCGAAGUUACCGAACAACGUCCUGAGCAAAAUUUGGAAGCUCUCCGACUACGAUCAGGAUGGUUUCUUGGACAUCGAAGAAUUUGCUCUGGCGAUGCAUUUAAUCAACGUCAAAAUGGAUGGCAAUGAGUUACCGACAGCUUUGCCCCUUCACCUGGUACCACCGUCCAAGCGGGGUGUAGACUAG